UAAUAGUAACUUCACAAAAUCCUUAUCAUCACUCUCGUUUGAACAAUUUUCUUUCUCUUAUUAUCAAUUAUUUAUUAAUUUUAUUUCUCUUAUUAUCAUUUAUUUAUCAAUCUUAUUUUCCUUAAUUGACACGAAAGAAGACAAUCUAAGUAAUGUAAAAUUGCCGUAUUUGUAUUAUAGUUACUAACAGUUCUAAUCUGUGUGUGUGUGUGUGUGUAGUGUAGUGUAGUGGGUUGAAAGGAGCGAUGGGCGGAGCGUGCACACUCCAGUGGGCGGGGCCUGCGUGUGCCAUGCGACGUGCGUUUUACUAUCUUUCAGCGCGUUCACCCAAUGAGCCGAAUAAGCCGAUCAGCCAGGCGGACACGCCUCUUCUUCCCCUCGGGUUGCGCCGCCUCGUAUCAGUGCGUGUGUAUUUUUUUUCUCCUCUGUUUUUUUUGUAACCGUAGCUGGAUGUGUAGGACGUCAUAUGUUUUUUUUUUUUCUCCUCUUCACUCCAGCCACUUUAGCGAUAUGGGUUAUUUACUGUUUCACAGCGCCGGGGACGGGACGCGGAGCUCCGCGCCGGAAGAGAGAUAAUAUCUUUUAUACAAGGCAGAAAUCCAAGUUGUAGCAAAGUGAGAGUUGUGUUGUUUUCACAGCGCUGGGAGGAUGGCGAGUCCGCCGCCGGUAGUCGGACCCUCGCUUUCCAAUCUGAACACAAGCAACAAUAUUAAAAAGUGCGGCUACCUGAAGAAGCAGAAACACGGACAUAAGCGCUUUUUCGUGCUGAAGGCGCAGAGCGACGGCUUCCCGGCGCGCCUCGAGUACUACGAGAGCGAAAAGAAAUGGAGGAACAAGGCGGCUGCGAAGCGGAUCAUCCCGCUGGACUCGUGCCUGAACAUCAACAAGCGAGCGGACGCCAAACACAAACACCUUAUCGCGCUCUACACUAAGGACGAGUACUUCGCCGUGGCUGCCGACAACGAGCAGGAGCAGGAGAGCUGGUUCGCUGUCCUAACGGAGCUGAUGAACGAGGGGCGGGCGUGCGAGGGAACGGCGAGUCACUCUGCAUCCUCACUGCUCGGCUUCGAUGAGGCGAGUUACGGCGUAGUGACGCCGCUCAGCGCCGCGUACAAGGAGGUCUGGCAAGUGAACCUGAAAUCUAGGGGACUCGGGCAGACUCGGAAUUUGACCGGGGUUUACCGGCUGUGCUUAUCGAGCCGCACGAUUAGUUUUGUGAAACUCAACACGGACGUGGCGUCCGUGAUUCUGCAGCUAAUGAACAUCCGACGCUGCGGACACUCGGAUAGCUUUUUCUUCAUCGAGGUGGGCAGGUCAGCCGCCACGGGCCCCGGUGAGCUGUGGAUGCAAGCGGACGACUCGGUGGUGGCGCAAAAUAUCCAUGAGACCAUCCUGGAAGCUAUGAAGGCUAUGAAGGAGCUUAUGUGCGAGUUCCGGCCGCGCAGCAAAAGCCAGUCGUCGGGCACCAAUCCGAUUUCGGUGCCCGCGAGGCGGCAUUUAAAUCACUUGCCUCCGAGUCAGACAGGUCUGCCGCGGCGAUCACGCACCGACAGCGCGGCCGCUUCGUCCCCCGGUGCCAAGUACACGUCGUGCCGGAUGCGCGCGGCGAGCGAGGGUGACGGCACAACGACGCGACCGGUGUCUCUGUCUGUAGCGGGAAGUCCCGUCAGUCCCGGCUUAAACCGGACACAUCUGAGCCGCUCCAACACAGUAGCAGCACGCCCAUGUCGGACUUUUGAAACCUCCUCUCUCCAGCAUAGUAAGUCCAUGUGCAUGCCCGUGUCUCGUUCCCCUCCCUCAGUUGAUGCCAGUCCCGUUAGCCUCCCCUCCAGUGGUGCCCGCCCAGCCAGCUGUACAGCCUCGAUCGCUGGCUCCCCCAGUGACGCCGGCUUCAUCUCCUGUGACGAAUGCGGUUCCAGUCCAGGAGACGCGGCCCACACGUUAGCAGUUCACCGCAGCUCCACGCCGGAGUCUGUUCCCGAGACGCCUCCCUCGCGGGAUGGCAGUGACUUGUACGGCUACAUGGUCAUGGACAAGCAUGGUGUGUUUGCACAUAGCCACGGGAGACGUGGUACCCGCAUGGUGGAGGAGGGUGGCAGGGACUUAGAGAAAUCCUACAGGAAGAGGACUUAUUCUCUCACCAUGCCUCAUCAGAAGAGAGUGCAAUCGCAGGUGUCUUCUGCCUCGCUGGACGAGUACACGCUCAUGAGGGCCACGUUAAAAAAUGCUGGGCAUUCAGGACGCAGUUCGCAUACUGCAUCCCCUAAAUUUGCCUACCCUGAGGAUUACGGUGAUAUUGAAAUUGGCUUAUUACAAAAAAGCACUAGUAGUAUUCUAGGGGACGAUGGUUACAUGCCAAUGACACCUGGCGUGGCACCACUGGGUACCAGGAUUGAAAACUACAUGCCCAUGAGCCCUAUGUGUGUCUCCGCCCCAAAACAGAUCAUCAAUCCUAGGACACACCCCCUCACCGUGGUGAACGGCUACAGGACCAGCUCACCCUCCAGCUGCUCGCUGGAUGACAGCGGCUACAUGAAGAUGCUAUGUAGCUCCAAACUCUCGAUGGAAAGCUCUGAUGGUAAACUGUCCAACACUGAGUACCUCAACAUGUCUCCAGUUGACCCGUGCGUCUCUGACACGCCCCCAGAUUACUUCCCCACCACUGUGGGUGGCGUAGAACAUCCUCUCAGACAGCCUUUCUCUUACAGCUCUCUUCCCCGCUGCUACAAACCCCAGCAGAAAACAGAUAAUGGUGACAGCGGUCAAUAUGUCCUCAUGAGCCUACAAAACUGGAAAAUUGUGGAGGAGCCAGAAAAGGCGGAUCCCAAAAUAGCUCCCUCUCCUCUGAAGCAAAACAAACCUGACAACUUGCUCCACAGAUCCAGGAUCAGCCGACCCACGCGCCUGCCCUUGGAUUUGGUUCAUACGCUGCCUAGCACGAAUGAGCACCCUUUGCCCUCAGAGCCCAAAAGCCCUGGCGAGUACGUAAACAUAGAUUUCAGCCAUGUUGCACAGAGGUUUUCCCCUAUUUCCACAAAGAGCCCUGUUUCAUCCACCGGCUGCUCCAGUGAGCAGAGGCGGUCCUUUCUUUCAAAUUACAUGAACAUUAAUUUAAGUUCGGAGUCACCUAAGUCUGGAGAUGCUGCUCCGUUCAGCCCUCUCGAUGCCAUGCCAGAGCUGGCAGUCUGCCCCGCCCCGUGUGAGGAGGAGGAAGGAAUAAAUCGUUACAACCUCACAUCACAGGUGGAACCCUCAUGCCAGGCUGGCAUGGUGAAGGAUGAUUACACUGAAAUGACUUUCUGUGUUUCCGCUUCUUCUACUCAGCCUACAUCUCAGACCACUAUCUGUACCAAGCCUGCCAGCCCAUCAUCCUGCGCACGGAGGUUAAAUUUGAAUGAUUCAGUGGGGGUACGACCAGUUGAGUCAUUCCUCUUGGGUGGCACAGACACACACCAGGUCGACCCAGACCGAGGUGCCAAGGUGAUACGGGCAGACCCCCAAGGACGAAGGCGACACAGCUCGGAGACCUUCUCCUCCACUACCACCGUCACACCCGUUUUCCCCUCCUUCGCGCAUGAUGCAAGGCGGCUCGGCUCAGCCUCCGUGGAGAACGUCUCUGCACUGACGAGGAACAGUGAAGGGUUCGAAGAGGAGUACGGCAGUCCCAUGUGCAGAGAGACAUCGGCGGGCUUUCAAAAUGGACUUAACUACAUCGCCUUAAACCUUAUGGAUGAGGGACUGGCUGGUUGUGAUGCUCUGGUUAGAUUCAAAGCUGCCAGUUGCUGCAAAGGGAGCCUCAGUGCAAUAAAUGCCAGUCUCUAUGGAUUCAAGGACACAGCAACAGCAGUAAAAGACUAAACAGAUCCAGACUCCAUUCCUGCUCCGGUUCCUCAGUUCUUCCUCGGGACCAGGAGGUACAAGGAAGAAGGAGGAGAGGUGGCCAUGUGGACAUAUGGGCCAUACUGCUGCUGCUGUUGUUGCUGCUGCUUCAACUCUCCCCUGAUCUUUGACCCCUGAACUUCUAUGAAUGGCUAUCGUCAUGGCAACAUAGACACUUGACCGCGCUCUUUGCCCUAGUGACGUGGUCCUCUAUCUCUGUGCUGCUCUGAAAAUGACUCUUGACAAAAACAAAAGAUUGGACCACACAUCUGUCUGUGUGUCACUCCACACUCACUCCCCUAUAGAGUCUACAGUUCUUCUUCUUCUUCUUCUUCUUCUUCUUUUUCUUCUUCUUUUUCUUCUUGUUUAUGCUCCACCAGUUUUUGUUCACGUGCUCUGGAUGUUAAAUGGCCAGUGUCCCCCACAUGCAAAAACCUGUGAAUCAAACCUGGAGUGAAACAUCUGCACAUUCUCACACAAGUGUACACACACACACACACACACACACACACACACACACACACACACAAACAAACAUGGAAACAUGCAUAACCACACAUUGCACAUGGCACGUAUUUAUUUAUUUAUGUGUGCAUUGAGAAGUGUUUUGUUUGUAUGUAGGUAUGUAUGUAUGUAGGUAUAUAUGUGCGUGUCUGUGUGCGUGCGCACAUGCAUGGAUGGUUGCAGCAUUGCACCAAUGUGGCAUUUUUAUCACAAUCAUCACCAGUUAAGUGAAACAAGUAAUCGCUUGAAAAACCCUACCUCAAAUGAAAGCCAGGUUUUGAGUUGCUUAUAACCCCCCCCCCCUCUCUCUCUCUCUCUCUCUCGCUCGCUUGCUCUCUCCCUCUCCCUGUUUUUUUUUUUCCAUAUAUAUAUAUAUAUAUAUAUAAACUAAACUAAACUAUUUAUUUUCAGUGCUGAAUGUCAUAAAGAAAAAAAUGCCAAUCCAAAGCCUUACUGACUUUCAAACAGUGUUUUCUUUUGUUAUGGAAAUUUUGUUAUGGACCUACACACAUUUACAAAAUAUCAAAGACCGACCACCCACCAUGGAAAAGGAAUGUUUCUAAGUGCAGUUGAAGUGGCUUCUGCAAUCAAAGAUUUUACUGCUCUUAUCCAUAGAUAAGUAUUAGACAGAUAUUUAAAGCAUAUUAAUAUAAUUCUAUUUAUGAGUGAUGGUAAAUGGCAGGGGGAGCAGCGUUAUGCUGCCUUACACACAUACACAUAUGCAAAGCAGGCUCUUUGAGAAGGAGAUUAGUUUGGAACGAAGUCAGCCAGACAGAAACAGAUACACACAUCAUCCACACUCCAGACAUGCGCACAGUGUGUGUCUGAGAGUGUGUCCACCAUAUAGCAACAAAACACUUUAACACACCACCCGGUAAUAAUUCCUGCUGCCUCUUAUACUCUUUAUUCGCGGCCUUUCUAUUGCUUUUAACCAGGACAAUCAGUGUGCUCGGUUCUGAUUGGUUCUGAGGUACACUGGUGAAGCAGUUGGUUAAUGGGACAGACACAUUUCAGGGACAUCUUGGGAGGCUUUAAAGCAUUGCUGCUGCACAGUAGUCAGACAGGGACCGUGUCUGUACCAGUGCUUUGUCUCGCACUUACAAAUGUUCUUUUUUUUGUUGUUCUUUUUUUUUUUUUUUUGGAUUGUAUCACAAGACAAAUUUGAAUGUAGAGUAUUCUGCAGCUCCCUACAAGCAAAGCAAAAUAAAACAAAAACCAUUCAAAGUAUGACUUUCACAAAACAAACAAAAAACACAUUAACAUGUGAAAUGAAACUGACACAUGCUACUUGUUUAAGUAUAUAAAAAAUGUUUGCCUGGAAACAUGUAAAUAAUGUAUAUAUAAUGACAAUUGCAACUGAUGUGCAGUUGUGACUUUGGAAAGCUUUUUUUUUUUUAUUUAAAGAUAAUACAUUUAUGUAUUUGUACAUACACAGUAUAUGUUUAAAAUGAAUUUCCCCGAAAAGCGAAAGCACUAAUGAAGGUACUGGCCAAACACCAAUGUUUGACCUGGAGGUUUUCUUUUUCUAAUUCUUUGCUAGGUUUGUAAGUGUGCAAGCUGCACGAUGAAUGCCACUAAGGAAAUAUUUUAUACUGCUGUAACAUGGAAAAAAAAACACAAUUAUAAUAUGAACAAUACUUGAUAUGAGAGCUCUAGUUACAUAGGUACAAAUUAACAUACGGCAUAUGCAAUAUUUACAUUUUUUAAAGAUUAGUUUACAAAAAGAAACCAAAUGUAUAAAUACUGUGUUCGAAAGUUUGAUAAAAACCUUAAAACUGAAUGAGUUUGAAAUCUUUUUUUUUUUGCUGUAUUAAUUUUUUUUUUUAGCCAACUUUAAAUGAAACUUUUGCUGUUUUUGUUAUUGGCUCUUACCAGUGAUUCGAGCAGUGUUCUUAUUCUGAUAAUUUGUAAUUUCUGAGUAUGAAAAAGAUUUUGAGCCUUGGUUUAAAUUUUUUUCUGUCUUCCAUUGUAUAUAUUUCAUAUACUACACAUUGUGAUGCUAUUAGGAGAUAAUUUAAUCUUAGUGUAGUUAGUAUUGCUUUGGAAACUGUAAUGAUUCUGAAUAGCCACAUGCAAUAAAACAUUAAUGUUA